CAGGACACACGCACUAGCACAGGCUGGAGGGCAUGUCUUACCCAUCAUCAUCAUCAUCAUCAUCAUCAUCAUCAUCAUUAUCAUCAUCAUAUUAAUUCUUUAGGACAACCUUAAAUGGGAAUUUUAACACAGUCUAAACAAUAGGAGUAGGAGUGUGAGUGGAGGAGGAGAGGAGAGCUGAAUUGGGGGGCGGUGUAGCUGAGAGGCCACAGAGGGGGGUUGCAGCGUUACCGAGAGGGCCGGACAGAGCGAAAGAGCAGAAAAGAAGGAAGAAAAGAAGCAAGAGGGGGAGAGAGAGAGGGAGAGAUGGCGAGUGGAGAGAUCUCCACUCUUCCCCCGGCUUCGGCCGACAGCUUCCCCCCGGGCAACUUCAAAGAGCCCAAGAGGCUAUACUGCAAGAACGGAGGAUACUUCCUGCGCAUCAACCCGGACGGACGAGUGGAUGGCAUCCGCGAGAAGAACGACCCCAACAUUCGGCUGCAACUCCAGGCGACUUCAGUGGGAGAGGUGGUCAUUAAGGGUAUUUCGGCUAAUCGCUACCUCGCGAUGAGCUCCGAGGGGAGGCUUUUUGGAACGAGACGAGCAACAGAUGAAUGUUAUUUCUUCGAGCGCCUGGAGGCGAACAACUACAACACAUACAGAUCACGUAAAUAUCCGAACUGGUAUGUUGCGCUAAAGAGGACGGGACAAUACAAGAGCGGAGCGACCACAGGACCUGGUCAAAAAGCUAUUCUCUUCCUCCCUAUGUCAGCCAAGAGCUAAACUUCAUCUGUGUAAGUUUUUCAUUUGUUUAUGUGAAACCAAAUGCCAGGCCAGAAUAUGGACAAUUAAUCUUUUUGGGAUUUUAAUAACGUUUUUUUUUUUCGUCCCAAAAAGAAAUGUUGUGCCAGAUUCAGAAAAGAACCUGAGUUACUUACAAACUUCAAAUUUUCAGUGCUUAACCUGCUUAUCACUAAUGAAUAAGUUUAGGCCAUUAAUAAGUGAUUGCAACUUGUGAAUUCUUUGAACUCGUCAUUUUGUCUGAGAUGUGAAUAGAAAUGUUGACAAACUAAAGAGGUUCAUUUUUAAAAUACAUGGAGUUAAAUCUGUCAAUUUGUUAGCACAAACUUUUAAGUAAUAGGCAUAGGUUCAUCUGUGUAUAAAUUUAAUUUACUAAUUAAAAAAAAAAUAUAUAUAUUGUAAUACCUAAGUCCUAGUGUUCAGUUUUAUAAUUUAAUAGUUUGUUUUUUGAAUAAGUAAAAUGAAUGAUUUUCAGCCAUUUUAUUCCUUCUAAAAAUGUAAUCAUUGGAACUUAAUUGUUGUGUUAUAAAGUCUAAAACAUUAACCAGAAGUCGGUACUGAACACUGAACAAAACAUUAUUACCCAUGUUUUACCAUCUGCAGCCAAUCAGUAAAUGAGGCCACCAGGAAAUACUUCAUCUGUAAUCUCAGCCUGGAGCUCCGUGAUCUUCCGUUUCCCCGCUCAUUGAAACACACGGAUGAAUGAAAUUCAGAGCUGCCGUACCAUUUAAAAAAGAGUCUCUGAUAAACUAUCCAUUAGUUUCCAACAGCCAUUUUAACAUGAUUUAACAUUGUGGCUACUAAUGGAAAGUUUUUUUUUUUUUAUAUACAAUUUGCUAAACUAAAUGAUUAAAUAUUAUCUAUUUAUUAUAUUACUACGUCAUAAACAUUAACAUCAAACAUAACUUACCAUACAAUUUUAAUGUAAUAAAAUCAAUGUAACAUUAUUCUUCAUGUUACAUAAAAUUAUUCAAUUACAUAAUUAAAUACAAAUAUUGAUAAAAUAUUGAAACAAUGAUAAAUUUGUAAAACAAUUAUUUAAUUGGCAGAGGUGUGAGAGUUUUGUUUUUUUACAUUCAUUUUUAAAAGUUAUUUUCUAAGUCCUGUUUAAAGCCUCUUGAAGUUUAUGACUGCAGCUCCUGUACAUUUUUUUCGAAUGUCAAGACUACAUAAUGUGAGUUUAAAAGACGCUGCUUCUCUCUAUAUACAGUAUUUUCCUUUCUAGCUUUUAGUGUGUAAAGAUCAAAUUGUGCUGUAAAUGAGAUUUUAUGUGAGAAAAAAAAUAUUGUCUAUGUAUGUAUGUAUGUAUGUAGGUAAACUCUUAACGUUAUUGCAAUAUAACAUUAUUUGAUAUGACUGUAUAUAAAAUAUAAAUAUUAAAUACUUUAUUUAAGUCCAAAUAUUUCAACAAUUUACUGAUUUCCUGCUUAAAAGUAAAGAAUUUUACAUUUUUAAGAAUUACGAUGAAUAACUUCCACAUUUCUUCUUUUAUGGGAAAGUGUUUUAAUAUCAGGUAUUCAUAGAAUUUUUUUGGGGGGGAUAAAAAAGUUACAUUACAAACAAAUUACAGGGACUUUCCCAUAACGAAAACGUCAAAGUCACAGCGUUAGGUGCUGAUGCUGGGGAGUCUUUCCAUAAAGGUUAAACAAUUGUCUUAUCACCUUUUUUAUAUACUGUUACAGGCUUACAUUUCUGUAUGAAGUGUAUCGAUCCUUUCAAAUAAAUCUUACUAUAGAUAUAAUAAAUUAUAUUAAUGUAAAUUAAAUUUAUAUGACAUACAGUUUGACGGAAUUUCAGAGCUGCUGUUAAAAAAAAUAAACAAACAAUCUCUGACCAAUCAAAACUGAGAAGUGAAGAAAAAAGUCUCCUUGUUUAUUUACACAUUUUGCCCAUUUGGAUUCAAUUAAAAAUGAUAAUUCAAAAAUCUUAAAUAAAUAUAACAAAAUUAAUUCUUGCUUGAAAAGAUAAAAAGUAAAUGAGUUUAAUAUAAUGCAACUGUAAUAUAUGGUUGGUGUACAAGUUAUGUAACAGGCUUCUACAAUAAAAAAGAUGCCUUAAAAAAACAACCCCCCCCCCCAAAAAAAAAAACUAAACAAAACAA